UUGGCAACCACAGUUCAUUUCUGCUUCACAGGUUGAUUCGCACCGUGUUUUAGACCCCACACGUGAGUGGGGGCAUAUGAUGCUUGUCUUUGCCUCUCUGACUUGCUUCCCCUAGUAUGGUGAUCGCUAGGUCCGUCCAUUUGCUGCGAACGGCAUCAUUCCCUUCUUUUGGAUGCUGGGUGCUACUGUACCGGAUGCAUAGAUAUGUGCAGGCACCACAGCUUCUUUGGAAAGGAUGGCGCCAGUGCCUCUGCCAUCCGCACGCAGAAGAGGUGGAUGCGGCGGAGUCACACCUCUUACAGAGAAUGAUUCAGAAUGGCAUCGUUCGACGAGGAGACUUAGGGAGAAAGAAAGCUCAUGACGGCGGUUAGGCAAAGUUCUUGGUAACAACACAAAAAGGCCACCCACAAAAGAGCACGCUGAUAAAUUUGACUGCAUCGAGAAGUUAGAACUUGCUCCGUGAAAUGCACAGCUAAGACAAGGUUCAGACUGAGAAGGCAUUUUGCAAACCUCAUCCAGGAGAAGGCGCUGCACCUAGAAUAUAUAGAGAGCUCUCUAAACGCAGCAGGAAGUAAUCGAUCAAAAGGCGCGACACUUCGCCAGAUGUGGGGGCACUCGGCCCCCAGCCCCCUGUGUGAAGGGAAGCCGCAGGAGGCCUGACUACACAUCGGAUUGACGUGAGCGCUAGACGGAUGCAGAGGAACCGCGGAGGAACACGCUCUCAGCUGGAGGUAUCCGGGCAGGGCCUUGAAUCUGUUUCUCUUCGUUUGCUUGGCUGCGCUGGGCCUCUGUUGCCGCGCGCGGGAUCUUCACUUUCGGAGCACAGACUACUCGCUGCCUUAGCUGCCCUGUGGCGUGUGGAACCUUAGUUCCCUGACCAGGGCUCAAACCCACGUCCCUGGGGCCCGUGGGAAGUUCUGAGGUGAACCCAGCGGUCAGUCUCCACGUGGGCAGGGAAGCACAGGAGCCGUGAAGCCUGCGUGUGCUGGCCCACGGCCGCGCCUCGCAGCCGGGCAGCGGGGUCCCGAGGCCUCCAGCGCUGGGGGCUCAGCUCCCUGGGGCAGCCCGGCUCCUCGCAGGCCUCGGGAGCUGCCAGGUCUCCCCUCGAGCUGAGGGAAGACUCCCUCACAAGGACAAAGCAUCAGCGAGGGGAGCCGAGAGCGGGGGGCCUGGCCGGGCUGUAGGGAGUGCUGGGGGACCCUGGAUUCGUUCGUGUGCACAGAGAAGCGGCAGCCUCACUGCACGCGGGGGAGCAGCCUGACCCUCCCCCGCCUGCCUUCCGGCCUUUGCUCAGGUUGAGUCCUGGGCCUCAGGCCUUUGCAGUCACCUGACUCCGACCUGCCCUUCACCCAGUCCUGGCGCCGUCCUCUGCUGGGGAAGGGUGGGGUCAGCGGGCAAAGUCCGAGCAGCUCCCAGGAGGGACCCCUCUGGGCGGGGGCCAGGUGGUGACCCUGGGUGGGGGCAGGCGGCAGGGGCCGCCACCUGCCCAGCGGUGACCAGGCUGGGGGGGCGGUGACGGGGGUGGGGUGGCAGCAGGCGGACAGCGCUGGGCAGGUGCCAGAGAGCCAGUGGCCGGUCCAGCUGCCUCCUCGCGGCCUCCCACUGCUCAUCGACAGCCCAGUGUGGUCCUUGGCCCUGCCCGUUGACCAGCAGGAGUGGGCCGCCUGAGCCCCGGGGAGGACAAGAGGCGCUCCAGCCAGCAGAGUCGGGGUGCCCCCCGCGGCCCCUCGGGUGCCAGAGCUGCCCCCACCAUGGGGCUGACCUGGAAGCAGCGGGCCUUCACGGCUCUGCUGGGCACCGCAGCGGUCUCAGGCCUCACCGCGCUGCUUCUCAUCCUGGUGGGGACCAUCAACGUCCUCCUGCCUCCAGACACCAAGUUUGGGAUCGUGUUCGACGCUGGGUCCUCCCACACGUCCCUCUUCGUGUAUCAGUGGCCGGCCAACAAGGAGAACGACACGGGCAUGGUCAGCCAGGCCCUGGCCUGCCAGGCGGAAGGGUCUGGAAUCUCUUCCUACGCCUCCAACCCUGCACGGGUCGGUGAGAGCCUGCAGGGCUGUCUGGAGGAGGCGCUAGCACUGAUCCCAAAGGCCAAGCAUCACGAGACACCCAUGUUCCUGGGGGCCACUGCCGGCAUGCGGCUGCUGAGCCGCAAGAAUCGCUCGCAGGCGGAGGACGUCUUUGCCGCGGUCAGACAGGCCCUGGGCCAGUCACCGGUGGACUUCCGGGGCGCAGAGCUCCUGACGGGGCAGGACGAAGGCGCCUUUGGUUGGAUCACCAUCAACUACGUCCUGGGCCUGCUGGUGAAGUACUCCUUCUCUGGAGAAUGGAUCCGGCCCCUGGAGGAGACGCUGGUGGGCGCCCUGGACAUGGGUGGGGCCUCCACCCAGAUUACCUUUGUACCCGGAGGCCCCAUCCUGGACAAGACCACCCAGGCCACCUUCCGCCUCUACGGUGCCGACCACACCGUCUACACCCACAGCUACCUCUGCUUCGGGCGCGACCAGGCGCUGAGCAGGCUGCUGGCCGAGCUGGUGCAGGCCAGCCCGGGCCUCCUGGUCCGUCACCCCUGCUACCACAGCGGCUACCGGGGCACACUGGCGCUGGCGCCCCUGUACGAGUCGCCCUGUGUCCCGGCGGCGCCCCUGGACCUCAGCCAGAACCUCACUGUGGAGGGCACGGGGAACCCCGGGGCCUGUGUCGAGGCCCUCCGGAAGCUCUUCAACUUUUCCAGCUGUGACGGCCGAGAAGACUGUGCCUUCGCCGGGGUCUACCAGCCCCCCGUGCAGGGCCAGUUCUACGCUUUCUCCAGCUUCUACUACACCUUCCACUUCCUGAAUCUCACCUCCAAGCCGUCACUGAGCGAGGCCAACGCCACCAUCUGGGAGUUCUGCCUGCUGCCCUGGAAGCUGGUGGAGGGGAGCGCGCCCCCGGACCAGGACCCCUGGCUGCGGGACUACUGUGCUUCGGGCCUAUACUUCCUCACACUCCUGGUCGAGGGCUACGGGUUCAGUGAGGAGACCUGGGGAGGCAUCGAGUUCCGCCAGCAGGCCGGCGGCACUGACAUCAGCUGGACGCUGGGCUACAUGCUGAACCUGACCAACCUGAUCCCAGCUGAGGUGCCCGCCCCGCGGCGGGCGCAGAGCUUCGGCGUCUGGACGGCCGGGGUCGUCUUCCUGGUGCUGACACUCGCGGCCACACUGGGGGCCGUGGGGGUGCAGCUCUUCUGGAUCCAGGACUAGGCCAGCGGCCCCCGACGCCGGCUGCCGAGGCCCAGAGCCCAGCCUGGCCACCUGGGCUGGCCCGUCCCCGUCAGGAGCCUCGGCCCUCGGCCCGGGGGCUCCGGCAGGCCAUCAGACGGCCCCCUUCUCCCUCCGGGGUCGCCCUGGCUGUGGGGGCUGUGGGGGCCCCGACCACAGCCCCGCGCUCCCGGCACCCCAGCCUGUUUCCCGGGACCCUCUGCACAGAAGCCGGGCGUCGGGACCCGUGCGGCACCUGGACUGCUGGUGGGAGAUGGGCAUAGGGCCAGCUCGGGCCUGGGGCGGGGGUGCCUGCCAGAGCCAGAGGAGCCCGUGCUUCGUGGGGGCUUGGCUGUGGGCCAUGGGGUCUCCGGCAGAGCCGGUGUCCAGCUCCGUGGGGUUCUCCCGAGCGGUCCACCCGCAGCCCUGGAAGCCCGGUCAGGCUGAGACAGGUCGCACAUGGGAGGCAGAUGCCUUUAUUAAACCCUCCUCGCCACA